AGUUACUGAACAUCAGCAGGUUGUUCAAGCAAGAGAUCUCACGAAGCCCGGAGGACGCCACUUAUUGCCUUGCCAGUAGUAUCUGGUGAACAUGUUGUGACAGCACAGUACAACGUAACGAUCGAUAUAUGUUUGCAGCAGUGUGGACACUGUACAUUAUCCGCUCUAUUGUCUCCUCAGUGGCCUAUCGUGUUUCGUGGAACAUAUUGUGUGUUUGUUGUAUAACGACGCACUCAACACAAAUUCUGUCAGUAAUUAAUCAAUUCAUCGACUUAAUCAUCGCAUUAAUCACUGCUCGAUCUUCGCACUGAACACUGCAUUAAAUGCAGAGGAAUUCAGAGGACUACACAGUCACAGAUAUAUUGGAUUAUUAACGCAGGAAAAGGUCCUAUCCCUGAUUGAAAGAUCGGAAAAGACAGGUAACCAAGCGGGAAAAGUAUGGAGUAUUUCAUGAGAAAUAGGAACAAACAGAUAUUUGCGGGUGCCGUUAUUUUAACGGUGUGUCUGAUCCUGGGAGUUACAGUCAAAUGGGGUUCACGUGAAGGAGUGCCAGAAACGCAAGAGACGGGUCCCAAGGUUACGCUGCUACAAGACUUCAAGGCGAAAAUAAAAGCACAAGAGACGGGUCCCAAGGUUACGCUGCUACAAGACUUCAAGGCGAAAAUAAAAGCACAAGAGACGGGUCCCAAGGUUACGCUGCUACAAGACUUCAAGGCGAAAAUAAAAGCUUUUCAAACUGCAGGGUUUUGGAAACCCAACCCGCCUCUGAAGUCCUGCAGCGAGACACCAGGAUCCACUCCAUGCUACGACACAAAGUGCAGCAACAGGACUGCUCAGGGAUUUGAGGAAAGAUUACAGAGUGUCAUGCAGCUUACAGAAACUGUCAAUACAACUCUGAGGGAUCACAUCAUGGAGGUGAUGAAAGUCCGGCAUUCUGGCACGCGGGUUCUUAUAGUAACAGGCGCGUCGUCCGAUCACUUCCUUGAAUCCCAGGGCUUGGUUCAGAGCCUUCACCAGAACGUGUUCCCUGAGCUGGAUAACUACACCUUUGUUUACUACGAUCUUGGGCUGGAUUCAAAGCAGAGAGAACAGUUGAAGAAACAUUGCCGGUGCGAGGUACGACGGUAUCCUGUUGAGAAAAUGCCACACAUGCACCAAAAACUAAGAUGUUACACGUGGAAACCAUUCAUUAUUGAGGCAAACAUUCGCUCCACGGACAUUUUGAUUUGGGCCGAUGCAUCCGUAAGAUUCCAAAAGUCCACAAUUGGACCACUCAUCAAAGAAGCCAACACGAAAGGCGUCAUCAUGCCAGUGGACCCUCCACAAUAUGCAAUCUCAGAUCACGUACAAAAAAUAACAUUUGAUUAUUUCAGUGAACAGACAUGUCAUUUUGCUCAGGUGGGCGAGAUGGCAGCGACUUUUCUAGUUUUUAAGAAUGAGCGUUUCAUCAGGGAGGCGAUACUCAAGCCCUGGAUCGCAUGUGCAUUGGAUUCCAGAUGCAUGUGCCCUUCCGGCCCAGAGAAGCUUAUAGUGUGUUAUACACACGUCAGAAAAUAUAACAAAUGUCACAGGUUUGACCAAGCAGCUCUGAAUGUACUUCUAGCCAAAUUGUUCUGGGGCAAUGAGCAAUCAUUUACUCCGUCUAGAAAAUACAUUAACAUACAGAAAGAGGAUAAAGUACACUAUUUUGAUCACUUAGGAAUAUGAUGUUCACUGAAAUGCCCUUGCACUUGUUAAGCUUUAAGUUUUUUUCUGAAAUUGUGCCUAGAGUGAGUGAGUGAGAUUAUGCUAUACGUCACAUCGGCAAUAUUUGAGCCAUAUCGUGACGAAUGCCUAAAGCAGUAAUGGUAGAAGUAACAGUAAUAACCUGAUGACAUUGGUCACACUGGGGUUUAAUUAGGAGGUUAUUGAAAACAAUCACAUAUUGAUAGCCUUGACGUUAUACAAGUAAAGUGAAAUGUGGUUUAAUGUUGCGCUUAAGAUUAUUGCAUUCAUGUUGUGACGUGCAUGCGCAAAGUGUGUGUGUGUGUGUGUGUGUGUGUGUGUGUGUGUGUUUGUGUGUGUGUGUGUCUUUUGCUAUGGCACGGCUAGGGGAACGAAUAUCGAAUCUUCUGCUUUCCUGGCAGAUGCUCUAUCCACCUCACCACAGAGGUGGUUCAGAUCUAAUACCGUAUUCGACGUAAUAAGCGCCCACGGCGAUAUUUGCUAAUAUAUUGGCUAGUGAACAAUCUCAAUUAGCACCCCUUCCGAUUGAUCAAUGUACACAAGACGUAUUUUUUCGCGUAUAAUAAGCACUCGUGUGUUAUAUGCACCUUUAAUUAUGGGCAAUUAAAUUCUGGAGAAAAUAUAUCUGUCGUAUAUAAACGUUUCAGGCUGUCAGCAUAAACCACGAAAUUUAUCCUUUAACUCUGUUUUUUUUCAACCAAAUUCCCCCUAUUUCUAAUCUUGAGAGGGCCCCUGGCGCGUAUUACGUCGAAUACGGUAUAUAGAUUCGAUACUCGUUAAAGAGGAAGUUGGCUGCUCCUUUGCACAGAUAUUCCCGCUAAUGUUUACACAUAGCCAGCAAUGAAUAUGAACUCUAAUUAAACCCUUUGUCUUUCUAACUCAAGCCUAUUGAAUGAAAUAUUAUGUUGAAGUCGUCAGACGAUGUUUGGAGUUUUAAUGAGUUCUAUGAUUGAAAACUGUAUCUGCCUGAAAAUCAGACUGAAAUAUCAGAGCACCGCCAACGUUUAGAACUGGAAAACAUUACUUUUUCUUCGUAAACUUCCGGUGGAUGUCAAUCAUACUUACAUAAACUUGUAACAGUUUGGUUUUCUUCUGAUUGGGUGAGCAAGUGAGUGAAUAUGUUUUGUACGCCGCCUUUAGCAAUAUACCAUCAAAGUCACGGCGGGGGAACCACUAGGCUUCCCCACCGCCCCAAUUUUCCUCUGAAACAUUACUAACCGGUUAAAAAGUCCAACUGCACACCACACACAACAUGUCAAGGAAAGACAUCGUGACUGGUGUGUUAAAUCAUAAAUGAAAUCCAAACCAUUCAUAUAAAUUCGAAGUUUUAUGUUACCUUGUUUCUCACACCACAUCAUAUUCAACAGAGCACCACAGAGCUGUGUUAAAUGCUCCGGCUACAACCAAGCCGUUGUGACUGUGUGACAAUGAAGGUCAUACUGAUGUUCUUUUGUAGAUAUAUAAUGUACGGGACUGGUGAUCCGCAACAAUCUGGCAGAUGCACACCAGGGCCCAUAGCCUCAAACAUAUAUUGAGGACUGUUGCAAUGUAGUUCUUCCAAUGGUGUUAUGGUGAGCUCCGCCAGAUACAUUAUGAGGCAACAUGCAGACACUAUCCCUUCAGUAGACAUAUUUAUACAUGGAUAGUUCUUUUGUACUCUGUUGUAAUACCUUUUCAGUAUUUGGUACGUAUUUAGUACACAAUUCGCCUGGUUAAAUACUUGACUGUAGACAAAUUGCCUUCGACUACACACACGUAUGGAUAUGUGAAAUGCAUAUUUAGCUUGACACUGAAAUAUUUGUGAGGGUAGACUAUUCUAUUGAUGCGUUUUGACAACAAAAUAUAUACAGCCCAUAAACAAUAAGGGAAAUAAAGAGUUGAAUGUA